CAGCGCAGCCCGCCGCGCGGCGCCAGCCCGCUCCAGGGCAGCGCACGCGGCAGGGGAGGCCCCGGGGCAGCGCAAGGCGCGGCGACGCUGGCGGCCCCGCGCACCCCCAGGGCGGCGCGGUCCAGGUCGCCCGGGCCCCUGCCGGACCUCCUCGCGCCGCAGCAGCACCCAUCUCGGCCUCCCACGAGGGGCUCGGAGCAGCGGGGGUCGGAGGAGGCCUCUACCCAAGGCGGGAGGUUUUGGAUCACCUUCGGGCCUUUGCGGGCUCCGCGGCCGUCAAGAGGUACGCAGGUCCCCAGCCGCUGCGCGCACCCCGAGGGUAAACAGCCAUACACCACAGGCUGCACGCCUCGGGCCCGCGGAAGCGAGGCCGACCGAGGAUGCCCAAGACGAUCCACUUGCCGAGGGCCCGGCACAGCCCGCCGAGGUGAGGGCUGCCGCCCCGGCGGUGCCCAAGUUGGAUUUCAGCGGCGUCCUCGGCGGAGCUGGCAAAGGCCAGGGCAAAGCACCCCCGCCAAGCGGCAAAAGCAAGGGCAAGGGUCCUCCUUUCACGAGCCCGCCAGUAAGCGCGCCAGCGUCUCCAGAGGCCUCGUCCCCGUCCUCCUCCGGGGCGGGGACGCCAGAGGCGCCCGUGGCGCUGCCGCGGCGCGGGGGGAAGGACAGCCCACCGCCGCCGAAGGGCAAGGGCAAGGGCAAGGCCAGUCUGCCGCCGCCCCCGCCACCGAAGGCGCAGUCGGUCCCCGGGGCGAGGCCCCUAUCGUCCCCAGGGUCCGCCGCCCAGGCGGAGGCGCCCGUGGCGCUGCCGCCGCGCGGGGGCAAGGGUGGCCCACCGCCGCCGAAGGGCGGGGGCAAGGGCCCCCCGCCGCCGCCCCCGCCAGCGCAUGCGCGGGUGGCGCCCGAGGCCGCCGAGGCGGGGGCGCCUGCGGCGGUGACGCCGCGCGGAGGCAAGGGCGGCCCACCGCCGCCGAAGGGCAAGGGCAAGGGUUCCGCUGCCAACGCGGCGCCCAAAGCCAAGUCCAAGCCGAGCGUGCCGCUGUUCGGGCGGCGCCUCGACUGGCAGUCGCUGUCCCAGGAAAAGGUCUCCGGCACGGUCUUCGCGGGUUUCAGCGAGGAGGUGGUGGGGGUCGCGGAGGACGUCACGCUGCUGAAGGCGCUCUUCGAGCAGCCGAAGGUGUGUUCCGCCUUGCCCAACAAAGAGGCCACGAGUGUGAAGCCGAAGUGCCUGGAGCUGCUGAGCGCAAAGCGCGCACAAAACAUCCUGAUCGCGCUCCGGCGGCAGCCGCUCAGCGAGCAGACCGUGGGGGCGCUGGAGCGCCUGGAUUUCGAGGGCGUCGGCCUGAGCCCCGAGGCCUGCCAGGUGCUCAUGGGCGCGCUGCCGACGCCAGAGGAGAGCGCCCUGCUGGUGCAGCACCGCGAGCGAGCCUCCGAGAUGCGCGAGCUGGAACGCACCCUGCUGCCUCUGGCCUGCCUGGAGAAGCCCUCGGUGACGCAGCGGUUGCGCAUCGUGCUCUUCGCGCGCACCAGGGUGGAGCUGGCCAGAGACCUGCGGAGCGCCUUCCGAGAGCUGAAGGGCGCAUUCAAGGACGCCCGCGCCAGCGCGUCGUUCCGCACGGUGCUGCAGCACACGGCGCACCUUGGCAACGUCAUUAAUUACGGCGCCGUGAAGGCCGACGAGCGCGUGGCCGCAGGUUUCUCGUUGGAGGCGUUGCCGAAAUUGUGCCUCUUCAAGUCGGCCAACGACCAGCGCAUCACGCUGCUGCAUGUGCUCGUCUCGCAGGUCCUGGCCACCAGGCCCUCGCUGCCGGAGGCCCUGCGGGGUGAGCUGGCCAGCCUGAGGGCCGCGAGACGGUGGCAGCUGAAGACCCUGGCAGAGGACGUGGCCAUGUAUUGCAAGGAGGCGGACCACGUGGCCGCGGUCGUCGGCUCCCUGGAGCCCGCGGAGGGCGCCGAGCUCGGCCGCGGCGCGCCCACGGCGGGCGCCGAGUACGGGGCCCCGCGAGGGCGGGCGGCCGCGCUCGCGGGGGAGGCCGCGGCGGAGGCGGCGGCGCUACGGGCCGAGCUGGCGGAGGUGCGCGAGGCCGCGCGGCAGGCGCUGGCGUUCUUCGCCGUGCCCGCCAAGCCCGCCGAGCAGGACAGCAGGGCGCUGGAGCUGCUGGGGCUGCUGGACAGCUUCCGGGACUCCUUCCACGGCUGCGCCCAGGAGCUGGCAGCGAACACCCCCCUAGCGGCGAAAGUCCGCUCGCCGAACGGCUCCGGCGAGCCGGCGGCGCCGGCGCCGGCGCCCCAGACAGAGGCGCCGCCCGCGCCCCCGGCGGAGGCGCCGCCGCCGCCGUCGGCGGACCGCUGCGCGCCGGCCUGCGCGGACGCCCAGGAGAUGGCGGCGGGCGCCGCGGCGCCCGCGCGGCCCGACCUGCCGCCCGCGGGCGGCGCCCCGGCGGACGCCGGCAGGCGGCCGAGCGGCCUGGAGUGGCUGGGCUCCGCUCGGCGGUGCCAAGCGAGGGCGCUGCCCCUGCAGCCGCCGCGGACGGCGACGUCGUGCGUGAAGCUCCCGUCAGGGGGAGCCAGGCAGAGGCUGGUCGGGAAGAGCGGCCUGGGCAAGGGGCGGGGCGCGCCGCUCGCGCCGGAAGCGGCUGCGGCCCCAGUUGAUACCAAGCACGGGGCAGCCUCCAAGGGCUCAGACGCCUUCGGCUUCGGCGUCGACGACUUCAGCGAGGAGAUGGCCCUUGCAAAGGAGCAGCCCCCCGAGAAUGCAUGCGGGGGCAGCGGGCCGGUCGGCGACGCGGGCCCUGCAGGCCCAGCCGGGGGCGCGGCUGCCAGUCCCCAAAGCCAGGAGGGACGCGUCCCAGGGCACGCGGAGCUGCGCUUCGGCCUCGACGACCAGGUCCUGGCCAGGCACGCGUGGAGGGCUAGAGGGCGCGCUCUCCUGCGCUGCCGGGUGGCGGAAAACCCCCAGAUGCGCUUCGUGUUCUGCCUGCGGUGCGGCGGGAUUUUGGCGGGCCGCAAGCCCGGCAAGCUGCUCGAGAACUUGUGCCGAGGGCGGGAGUCCAGCGCAGGCAAAGAGCAGCUGCGGCUGGUGCGCCUGUUGCGCUGGCCCCACUACGGCAAGGUGGGACAAGGUGGAGCGCUCGAGGGGCCCUUUGCCCUAGGGCCCGAGGAGCAGCUGCAGCUCGCAGGCGACCUCCAGCUGAAAGGGGACCUGCCCGCGGCAGCGAGCGGCGGGCGUCGCGCUGCUGCUGGCGACGAGCGCCUUCCCGCCACGCCGGCGGAUGCGCCGGGACCCCAGGGCAGGCGGCCCGAGCCGAGGGCGGCGCGUCUCUUCCUGCUCCGCUGCUACGGGCUCACGGAGGACGACCUCGAGGAGGUCCGCCGUGUCGGCCGCGAGGCGGCCCGCACCCAGGCUGCCGACGCCACCGACAUAGUCUCCGAGGAGGCGGAGCUCGUGGGAGCCUUCGCCACCGCGCGGCCCCUGACCGUGCAGAGGUAG